UCUCGAGAACACAAACAUAGCCUUAGCCGAAAGAGCACCACUGAUAUGAAGUAUGAAAUAAAGUCCUCAACUUCGAUAGUCAAAGCUAUCACUUCCUUACAUUACAUAAACCCCCCGCCAGUCACGCAGCCUGUCUGUAACACCUUUCCUCCUCUCUAAAACCCUACACUUCACAUUCACACUCAUAUCCCAAUAACAAUCCAAACCCAUCAUAAUAUAAACAACACACAAUCCGAAAUUACAUCAAGAACAACAAGAACACUGCAAUGGGUCAGGAUCAAGGAGGAGGGGGAGGCGAAGAGUACUUGUUCAAGAUUGUAUUGAUAGGUGACUCUGCUGUAGGGAAAUCUAAUUUGCUCGCGAGGUUUGCAAGAAAUGAGUUUGACAGUAAUUCAAAAGCUACAAUUGGUGUAGAGUUUCAGACCCAGGUAGUGGAUAUUGAGGGUAAGGAAAUCAAAGCACAGAUCUGGGAUACUGCUGGACAAGAAAGGUUUAGAGCUGUUACUUCUGCUUAUUAUAGAGGUGCCGUUGGUGCUUUAAUUGUUUAUGAUAUUACUAGGAGGAGUAGUUUUGAUAGUGUCAAAAGGUGGCUAGAGGAACUCAGUACUCAUUGUGAUACUACAGCGGCAAGAAUGCUUGUAGGGAACAAGUGUGACCUGGAAAAUAUUAGAGAAGUAAGUAGAGAGGAGGGCAAAACCCUGGCAGAAGAAGAAAGCUUGUUCUUCAUGGAGACAUCAGCCCUUGAUUCUACCAACGUUGAGGCUGCUUUCGAGGUUGUUAUCCGUGAGAUCUACCACAAUAUGAGCAGGAAAACUCUCAACUCAGAUUCAUACAAGGCUGAGUUGACUGUCAACCGAGUCAGUCUAGUUAAGAAUAACGCAAAUUCAUCAAAGCAAAGUAGCUUCUCUUGCUGUGCUACAUGAUCUCUGUUCUUUCAGAUUUUAUGCACCUUUCUGGGCAUAAUACAUCCAGCAAAGGGAAUUUUUAAACUCGCAUUAGAAUCACUGAGCAGUUACAAUUA